CAGCGCUCAAAGUCCCCAAGAGGAAAUUCGUGACACGGUUGCUUUCAUCUACAUGGUAAUGUGGGCUUUCGUCCUGAUUCUGAAACUCGAUAUUGUUAUGGAUGUUUGAGUCCGACUGACAGGGCUCUUACCGGAUGAUGGUUGAUACGUGCCCAGACCAUCAUGCGAAAAGUUCCCGUGCCACAUGUAGCGAACUGGCUUGGGUACAAGAUUUAACGCUGACGCCAUUGACAUUUCCCAGACUCGUCUCAGACAUCGAUCCACCAUGGACUCUACAACGACGCUCGUCAACCCCACUCUCCCUACACCCUACUUCCUAACCAGUACUGAUUCAAAGAAUGCCACAUUUUACGCACACCCUGGUAUCCCACUGUACACGAUCACCGACGAUGGGAAACAGAUGAUAGUCAGCGACCGUCGUACUCCUGGUCGGAUUGCUGCCAUCUUCCACCAGCGAGAAAUUCUCCCAAAUACCAUUUCAUUCCCAGAACGGAAUGGUAACGCACCGAUCAGCGUGCAAAAAUGGCUCCGAAAAACUAAGCUUGCAGACGGAACAACUGCUUUUGUCAUGGGGACCGAUUACGGGCCAUACGUGUGGAAGAUGAUCUCGGGCCAUCGUCAAAAGGUUUACGCUCAAUAUGACUUGGACAGACCAAUAGCGUCAUGUUCAUUUCAUGCCUCAGUGUCGAAUGGAAAGCCUGCAUUUUUACUGGAAUAUGACGCAGAGCCUUUACGGGAAGAUAUUCUACUGGCUUAUCUGCUCCAGAGGCAACGAGUAAUAUCAGAGGACAGGCUUAUCGAUGUCUUUGUAGGAUCCAGCGGGGUGGACAAGACUUCAUAAAUGCUGUCACAGGGUUUAGGACAUCUUCGCAGAAGUACAACUUACUCAUCUCACUGGGACUUACUCAUACAUGUCGUACAUAAUUCAGUCUACUUGUUAUCAAUGAUCAGGCGAGAUGCUA